AUGUUCUGGUCAGCGUUUGUCCCUUGCAGCGCACAAAAUAAGGACGCCGUCCAACUCACUCUGGAGCAAAUUGACGUCAUUAAGCGACUAGUUGAGAAAUACCCUCAAUACUUUCAAAUGGCGACAUCUGUUACAGAUAUAUUGGAAGCUCACAGCGCCAGACCUCGGAAGAUUGCGUCCCUAAUUGGAAUAGAAGGAGGACACUCCAUCGCUAAUUCCCUCGGAAUACUUCGCACUUAUUAUCAGCUUGGGGUGCGGUAUAUGACGCUGACACAUACUUGCAACACACCUUGGGCUGAUUCCUCAAAUGAACAACCGGCCGCGAAUGGUCUAACGGAGUUCGGCGAGAAAGUGGUGAGGGAAAUGAAUCGUCUCGGCAUGAUUGUAGAUCUUUCCCACGUGGGUGAAAAUACAACAAGAGCUGCCAUCAAGAUCUCCCGAGCACCGGUUAUUUUCAGCCACUCGUCGGUAUACAGCCUCUGUUCUCACAAACGGAACGUACCUGACGACAUAAUACAAUCCUUGAAAGAGAAUGGCGGUCUCAUAAUGGUGAACUUCUUUCCGGAUUUCGUGAAGUGCUCUCCAAACGCGACCAUCUCUGACGUAGCUGAACAUUUCCACUACAUCAAACGGAUGAUUGGAGCUGAUUACGUGGGCGUUGGUGGUGAUUUCGACGGCGUUAACAGGGUACCUAGGGGCCUAGAAGACGUGUCCAGAUACCCGGAUCUAUUUGCUGAACUCCUCCGAAGUGGGCAGUGGACCGUGCAAGAGCUUAAGAACUUAGCUGGAUUAAACAUGCUUCGGGUCAUGCGACAAGUCGAAAAAGUACGUGACGACAUGCGCACCAACGGUGUGGAACCUGAAGAGCACCCGGACUCACCUUCCGACAACGGCAACUGCACCAGCAACGCUUUCUUCCUAGACUUCGUCUAA